AUGGCGUCCUCGACGUUGGGACCAGAUGCAAACUCACAGUCCCUCCCCGGCGGCCUCACCCCCGACUCGGUCGAUGUCCCCUCCGAGCUCUUCACGAUCCUCUCCCGCCUGCGCUACACAGACAAGAACGGCGCAGCCACAAAUGGCGACGCCGACUCCAGCAAACCUGCAUCAGGCGCGACUCCAUCCGGAGGUGCGGACACUACAGCCAAGACCGCCGACACCAAGACACUGUCUACCAAGGAUCUCACUGCUGCCACCGACCCGCUGAAACAUAAGAUCCAACGCGCCCGCGCCGCAGUGCACACCCUGCCCGAUAUCACCAGGACCAUCGCGGAGCAGGAGGCGGAGAUCAAGGAGUGGCAGGACAAGAUCGAGAGCCAGCGCAAGGUUCUGCAGCAGCUGAAGGAGUUCGGUAUCCAGUUCAGCCAUGGGAGUACAGAUGUCGAAAUGGGUGGGACGGGUGCGCAGGGAGGAGGCGCAAAUGUGUCUAGCCCCCUGGCUCCUAUGUCCAGAGACCGGCAUAUUGUCCUCGAAGUCGGAGGCGAUGCCAGCGGGGAUACAAGUGAUGUUGGGCUUGAUACCACCGCCUUGGAGAGGUCGUUACGGGUCGGCAUUGAUACCCAUGGAUUGGAAGGCCAGACCGGAGCGAUGCCCCACGCAAGAACACAGAGACACCUUUCUGAUGCAUCAGAAGCUAUUCCAUUGCGGUUUCCGCCUAGUCUGGGGCAUGAAUAUACCCUGGGAGACGAUCCCUUGGGCCACGCAAGCUUCUAUGAGUCCCCGGACAUCGGUCGAGAUGGACAGAUGACCGAUGCAUCUAGCUUAUCAGAUGUGCUGGACGAAGAGGCUUUCUUUUCCCCUCUCAUCGACACUAGGCAAGAGGAGGGGAAUGGUGCAAUGGGUCACUCGAGUGCUUCAAACACGGCCAACCAGGUACACCCUGACGAGACCCAUGAGCGAACUCAUGAGGAGCAUGAGGCGACUACGGCCGCCAGUAUCCCCAACGUCGCGGAUGCGGCCGAGAAAUGGGAUACUGCCGGUUUGGGAGGGAUGGAGGAAGACAUGAUGGCGGGGACACCACCACCGCCUUACCACCAACCUCCAGACUAUUCGGCUACCAUGCCCCCCACACAAGCAACUGCUUCCCAAGGAAAGCAAGUGGAAUUGGCCGCCGAAGUCUCGGAGAGACAAGAUCACCCAGAGGCCGAGACCCCGCCCGCACCACGCACGCCGUCCCCGAGAAGGCCAUCCAAAGGCCCCUCUGGCUCAUCGGCGAGACAGCGAACGCGGACCCGCAAGGCCAAAUCCCGACCUCCUGAUACAACGUCGCCACCAGCCACCCGGAGCGCCAAGAAGAAGAAGGCAGCAGAGGCAGAGGCAGAGGCAGCAGAGGCAGAGGCAGAGACAGCAGCCACACAAACAGCCUCGCCACCCCGACGCAAGAGACCGAUCAAGAUCAUCCUCCAUUUCAAUCGCAACAAAUCGAAGACCAAGACAGACGCUGACGUUGCGCCGAAGCCUGAGGCGGCAGGGGAGGGUGAUCCGGAUGCCGAUGCUGAUGGGGAAGCUGACGCCGAUGAGGAGGUGGUCCUGUUGUGA